AUGUCUGGUGCUAGAGAUAUUCGUCCUCGUGAGAGUGAGGUUGCUUCCCAACCUGGGCUCCUCGCCACUUCACCUAACGCCUCCUUUCACUCUCCCUCCAGCCAUGGGUCAGCACUCAAUCGAACGGUCCCUAUCGUCAAUGCGAAGCAUCUUAAGCCAUUCGCUACUGAGGAUAUCAAGGUUCUACUUUUGGAGAACGUCAAUGUGACUGGCCGUGAAAUUCUCCAGCGUCAGGGCUACCAGGUGGAAUAUUUGAAAUCUUCUCUUCCGGAGGACCAGCUCAUUGAGAAGAUUCGUGAUGUGCACGUCAUCGGUAUUCGAUCCAAGACCAAGCUCACUGCGCGUGUUUUGAAGGAGGCCAAGAACCUGAUCGUGAUCGGCUGCUUCUGCAUUGGAACCAACCAGGUGGACCUUCAAUAUGCUGCCGCGCACGGUAUUGCCGUCUUCAACUCACCCUUCAGCAACUCUCGUAGUGUCGCCGAGUUGGUCAUCGGUGAGAUCAUUACUCUCGCUCGUCAGUUGGGCGACCGCUCUAUCGAAAUGCACAACGGCACCUGGAAUAAGGUCAGCAACAAGUGCUGGGAGAUCCGCGGCAAGACAUUGGGUAUUAUUGGAUAUGGUCACAUUGGCGCUCAGCUCUCCGUAUUGGCAGAGGCCAUGGGUAUGACAGUCAUCUUCUACGAUGUAUUGAAUCUGAUGGCAAUGGGAUCUGCCCGCCAAGUCGAGACAUUGAAUGAUCUUUUGGCCGAGGCUGAUUUCGUCACUUGCCAUGUGCCUGAGCUUCCCGAGACCAAGGGUAUGAUCGGUCAACCCCAAUUUGAGAAGAUGAAGGUUGGCAGCUACCUGAUCAAUGCCAGCCGUGGAACUGUUGUGGAUAUUCCUGCCCUCAUCGAUGCCAUGCGGAGCGGCAAGGUGGCCGGUGCUGCGCUUGAUGUGUACCCUAACGAACCCGCCGGCAACGGUGACUACUUCACUAAUGAUCUGAAUGCGUGGGGAACUGAUCUACGUUCACUCAAGAACCUGAUUCUGUCCCCCCAUAUUGGAGGAAGCACUGAAGAGGCCCAGAGUGCAAUCGGUAUUGAGGUUGCCCAGGCGUUGAGUCGCUAUGUCAAUGAGGGUAGCACCUUGGGCGCUGUCAAUCUACCCGAAGUCACCCUUCGUUCUUUGACUAUGGAUGAACCCAACCACGCUCGUGUCAUCUAUAUUCACCACAAUAUUCCCGGUGUGCUGCGUAGAGUCAACGAGAUUAUUGGCGACCACAAUGUCGAUAAGCAAAUGACCGAUAGCAGAGGCGAUGUUGCCUACCUGAUGGCCGAUAUCAGCAACGUGGACGCUACUGUGAUCAAGGAAUUGUAUCAAAGCCUUGAGAGCCUCGACUCCCGAAUUAUGACCCGUGUUCUAUACUAG